AUGAGCACGGCACAAAAAACGGCUCGUUGGCGCAGACACGAGCGGUGUCGACGUGAAACACGGCGAUUAUGUGAUAUGCGGUCGUUCGCGCCCGAAACUAGAGUCGGCAAACGACCCGACAACAUCAAUGGACAACUACGGACACCAAAAACGCGACUUUGGCACGAAUCACAGCAACGGACGCAAAUCGACAAGCCACGAGUGUACGGCAUAGGUCGCACAACAACACACACUCGUCGAACCGGCGAGCGGUACGGGACGCGCGACGACUAUGGUCAGGGGGAAGCGGAGGUGCGGGACGGUCUGUCCGAUAACGCUGGUCGGUAUCGGUGA